AUGUUUUUACUUUUGUGUUUUAUUUGUACAGUGAAAGCAAUAGAAUGGGAAGCACCGACACCAUAUGAUCCGGUCUGGUUUGCAAGUCUACAAACCCACGCGUCUGUUCCUUCCCUGAAUGAAACCCGGUUUUGGUGGGGUUGGGUUAACGAUCAAGACGUCAUGUUUAGAUUAUUCACGAGGCGAAAUCCUUUUGAAUACCAAAUGCUGAAAGUAAAUGAUUCAUCGUCAUUACGCAACUCGAAUUUCAAUUUCAACAAUAAGGUGAAAGUUUUGACCCAUGGUUGGUUGAAUCAUGGCGAUAGUCCUAUGCCCGAGUCUAUUAAAGAAGCCUAUCUAAACGUAAGUGAUAUAAACAUAAUAGUUGUUGAUUGGGGAAACGCAGCGAAUGUAAAUUAUAUCCUGGCUAGUUACAAUGUCGCCAUGGUUGGGCGCGUACUAACACAGUUCCUGAAUUUUCUAAUCACCGAGGGUGUUUCCAUGGAUAAUGUGCAUCUAAUAGGCCAUAGUUUAGGUGCACACGUUGUUGGUAUAGCUGGAGCUUACGUGAAUCAAGGGCCCAUAGACACAAUUACAGGUUUGGAUCCAGCAUUACCACUUUUUACUGUUGGGAAUAAAGAUGCUCGAUUAGACAAGCAUGAUGCGAGGCAUGUGGAGGUAAUACACACCUGCGGAGGAUAUUUGGGAUUCGCGUCACCUCUUGGCCAUAUAGACUUUUACCCGAAUGCUGGUACUCGACAGCCCGGCUGUGGAAUUGACUAUCGAGGUCUAUGUGCACAUAAUCGAGCCCAUAUGUUUUUCGCGGAAUCCAUAAUAUCAAAUGUAGCUUUCGUUGGAGUUCGAUGUAAGGACUAUGAUGAAUUGUAUUACUCGGGCUCAUGCAAAGGCACUGGGGAGACGUUGAUCAUGGGCGGAUUCGACAUUCAUUACGGGAAAGACGGAAUCUACUAUCUAACAACGAAUGCCGAACCUCCCUACGCUAUAGUGGACCCCACCUGA